CCCUCGACACACACUAAUCCAUGUCUUUAAAAGCGUUAGUGGGCACCGUUAAGGAUCUAUGGCGCAUGCGCUCAAUGCCUUCUCAAGUGCGACCGCAGGACACGCGCUCGGUCAUCACCGACAUCAUUGGCGAUGAAAGCCAGAAGGGAAAGUUACUGAACGCGGGGCCCAUUCUAGCACUCAUGGACGUAGUGGCAGGGACUAUUUCGUAUCGACUUUCGAUGGGAGCUGCAGCGACGAUCUCAUUCGACCGUGUGGACAUGGUUCAACCGGUAUUCCAUGGAGACCACGUUCGGCUGGAAGGAGAAGUUAUUGGACUCGGAAAAUCGUCCAUGGCAGUGCAAGUGCGCGUAUUUCGGCAUGAUCUAACGGCAGACACUUUGCAGCACACUCACGAUGCGAUCAUCACGAUGGUGGCUAUCAAUCGCUUUGGACGACCGAGAGAAUGUCUACCAGUGUUGUUCGAUCCGGAUCGUGCGGAUUACUGUCUAAAAGUGAGCGAAUUGGCAAAGCAACGCAAAGAUCUCUCCUUCCAGUGGAGACACGAGCAGGAUGCAGUGAAUGAACUGCCGUUUAUUAAGAAGUCGGAUGUGACGGCAGUCGAGAAUAAAGCUGAAAAUGCUGCAGUGAGUGAUACGACGGUCGAAGAUAAAGUUGCGUUGCACUGUGCGCAAAAGUUUACCAGAUCCGAGAAAAUGGUGACCAUCGCCAUGAACCGGGUGCUUUUCAAGUUGCCGAUUCGAAUGCUCGACAUGGUCCGGAUGCGAGCUCGCGUUGUUCACGUUGAUCAUUUCCACCUGGAAGUUGAAGUGGAGGUGUUCAUCCACUCUAUUAUCAACGGCGGAGAGCGCAAGUCACACAGCGGCUACUUCACGGUACUCAAUCUGGAUGACAACAACAAGUUCAAGUCGAUUGACAAAGGUCUCAAGAUCGACGAGACCAACCAGGACGAGAUGCGAAUUCACAUGAAGGCCCAGAAACGACUUCAGUUUAAGGGAGAAGAAACGAACCUCCUCGGGUUGAAGACUCGGAUUCUUUCUGGUGAGUUUGCAGCACAUCGACCCACACAUCAGUGA